CCAUGAUCAUCAACAACAACGUCACCACCGUCUCCUUCACUCCAAUAUUAAUAAUUUUUCCUUUUCUCCAUUAUUUCCUUUUGUUCCUUUAUUUAUUUCUCAUGAAUUUUCAUUCUCAUUAUGCAUGAUCAACAACAAUAAUCCUCUGUUCUCUCUGCUUCUCAAUGCAACAACAGAUGAAGUCACCUUCUCGGGCUCUUUUUCAUGCUGAUUCAAAGGGUAGAAAAUCCUGUCUUUAUGGCAUCUUCCCAGCAGCUUUAUUGGUAUCUGUUGUUCUAUUCUUGAUGAGUUCAGGCUUCUCACAAAGCUACAAAGAGAAACUGGCAAGCUUGAAAAUUGACAUAGUUCAGAAUGUGACAAUUGAUAAAUGCAAGAACCAGUGCAGGCCUAGUGGUAGUGAGGCGUUGCCGGCCGGUAUAGUCUCCAGCACUUCGAGUCUUGAAAUGCGGCCUUUGUGGGAUCCUCCAAGGCCUCGAAGGGGUCAUCAUAUAGUGGAUGUUAAGGCAAAUGCAUCAACCAACUUGUUUGCAAUGACAGUUGGAAUUAAGCAGAAAGAUCUUGUUAACAAAAUGGUUACAAAGUUUCUUGCAAGUAAUUUCAUGGUGAUGCUCUUCCAUUAUGAUGGUAUUGUUGAUCAAUGGAACAACUGUGAAUGGAGUGGCAGUGACCGUGUCAUUCAUGUUUCGGCUAUGAAUCAAAGCAAAUGGUGGUUUGCCAAGCGUUUCUUGCACCCCGACAUAGUUGCGGAAUAUGAUUACAUUUUCCUUUGGGAUGAGGACUUAGGAGUUGAAUAUUUCCACCCUGAUAAUUAUGUUUCUAUCAUCAAACGUGAAGGGCUGGAGAUAUCACAACCAGCACUGGAUGUAAAAAAAUCAGAAGUUCACCAUCAGAUUACUGCGCGUGGAAGGAGAUCAAAAGUGCACAGGAGAACGUAUAAAGCUAGUAAUGGUGGUAAAGGCUGUGAUAAAAACAGCACUGCUCCUCCUUGCACCGGGUGGAUAGAAAUGAUGGCUCCGGUUUUCUCAAAAUCUGCGUGGCGUUGUGUUUGGUAUAUGAUCCAGAAUGACUUGAUUCAUGCUUGGGGUCUGGACAUGCAGCUUGGUUACUGCUCUCAGGGUGAUCGAACCAAAAACGUUGGUGUUGUAGAUGCUGAAUAUAUCAUCCAUUACAAUCGUCCCACCCUUGGAGGCAUAGACAAUACAUUGGUACAAAAUGUUACAUCUCACAAAACGGAUCAUAGAGUUGAUGUGAGGAGACUUUCUUACAGGGAAUUAGAUAUUUUUAGAAAACGAUGGGAAAAGGCAGUUGAGGAGGAUGAGUGUUGGGUUGAUCCAUUUCAAUAGUAAAUGCAGGAAUUGGAGUUUCAGAUUUGUAAAUUUCAUUGGAAAAAAAGAAAGAAAAACACAUCAUUCUUGUAAAGAGAAACAAAUGCAACUAGUUGCUACAGAAAAAAGCUUAGAGGAUCUUAUGGGAAGGGCAUCUUAGGAUAAAGUUCUAUCUUAAUUAAGCAGGGUGUAUAUAAUGGAUUUUUUCCUUCUAUAGUUUUAUUCAACCAAAACUCUCAAGCUAAAUAAAGUUUGAAUGUGGCUAGGUAUGACAAGAGAGUAGUCAGAAAGUUAGAAGUUAGACCCUUUUGGUUGUUUUUCUUGAGUAGAGACAUCAUAUUUUGAUAUGAGAAAAGCAAUUGAUGUCAAGCACUCAAGUGCAUUUGAAAAUGAUUAUUGAUUUCAUUGCCUCAUCGAUUGUUUAUUCAA